CAAGAGUAUGACGGUGCAGCAGCCAAGAGUAAGACGCUGCACCGACACAAUUCUCAUUUUAACAAGUUCAUUCAUUUGCGUCUCUCCCCCGUCUCUCUCUGUCUCUAUCUCUCUCUCUAAUUUCACCUCUUGUCGCCGCAAUUCGCUGAAUCUCUCCAUAAUCUAGGGCACAAAUCCUUUCUGCGACCAUGAAUAUAUUCAGAUUCGCAGGCGACAUGUUUCAUUUGAUCAGUAUCUUGGUGCUUCUUCUCAAAAUAUACGCCACAAAAUCUUGCACAGGGAUUUCACUGAAGACUCAGGAGCUGUAUGCGGUUGUGUUUCUAGCUCGAUACUUGGACCUGUUUACAGACUUCAUUUCUGUGUAUAACACUGUGAUGAAGCUGGUGUUUAUUGGGAGCUCUCUGGCAAUAGUGUGGUGCAUGCGCUAUCACCGAGUUGUUAAGCGCUCGUAUGAUCGUGAACUUGAUACUUUUCGGCAUUACUUUCUCAUUGCUGCGAGUUUUGUGUUGGCACUUUUUGUACAUGAGAAGUUCACAACUCAGGAGAUCUUCUGGGCAUUUUCAAUAUACUUGGAGGCAGUUGCGAUUCUUCCCCAACUGGUCCUGCUACAAAGAAGUGGCAAUGUGGACAACUUGACUGGACAAUAUGUUUUCUUCCUUGGGGCUUAUCGCUCGUUCUAUAUUUUCAACUGGAUUUACCGCUAUUUCACUGAGCAGAAAUAUAGUCGAUGGAUAUCUUCCAUCUCUGGUCUUGUCCAGACUGCUCUCUAUGCAGAUUUCUUCUACUACUACUUCCUCAGCUGGAAAAACAAUGCUAAGCUUCAGCUGCCGGCUUGAGGUGAGCAAGGAUUGAUGUCAUGGAAAGUUGAUUUUAUUGAGCUGAAUCGCGGUUCUCAUGGGUGGGCUGGUGAACGUAUCUGCUUGAUCGUGCUUCUUGCAAUGAACGGAUAGAGGUCCAUGCAAUGAGGAAGAAUUAAGAGAGAGACUCUAAUGAUCGAUAGGCACGUUUUUAGAUUUAGAUCACAAAACAAUUGCAUCUGAGUGGAUAAUUUUGAACUUUCUAGUUAACUUAACAUUCCGAUAACGUGUAGAAAUGUUGGAAGUUCAAAAGUGCAUAUGUAUAUGACUAACUUCAUUCACACUUUGAUCUUCGGGAACAAGGUAUUUUUUGUGAAAGACUGAUGAUGUACUGUUUGGUACUACUAUUGAGCAAAUUUUUUAUUUUUUUUUCGGUGAAGAUACAAUUUCAUUAUAGAAAUGGAAAUUAGUUGGACAACG